CCGGAGUACAUUUACGAUUAACUAAAUUACAAUAAACCUAGAAGUUACAGAAUAAAACCAUGAACGAGAGCGAAAAGGAAGAAACCAAGCGGGUUACUGACCGCAGCCCAUCUCCAGGAGUGAAAUCCACCGCGGUGGUCAAGUACACGGCGUUCCAGACGCCCGUCAGCUAUGCUCAGCUCCAGUGCAACACGGAUAUCAACCUACCUCCCACCAAUUGGGGUGGGAUAGAUACAUAUGGCCUGAAACAGAUCCUAACCGGAGGGACUGGUUUGUCUAGUUUCAGAAUGGCGCACAUGUUCCCCGACUGCGUGGGCGAGGUGGAUGUGAUCUCCGACGCCGAGUGCAUCAAGAAGCUGCUGAAGCUGCCCUACCAACCCAACGGCACUGUGAGUAUGAUGGCGCAUCGCGUGGAGAACACCCUGCUUCUUGACGACUUCGAUGUCUACGAUUACCUCAUGAAGUCGGAGUGGGCGUGGCUGAAGGACUUCUUCUAUGAGAAUGUGCUGAAGACUAUGACUGAGAAGGAGCGCAUGAAGCUAUUAGCUCCGCGGCCGAGCUCGGCGCUGACGCAGAAGUUCCUGUCGCACAGCGUCGCGGCGCGCCCGCAGCCGCCGCCCGUGACCAGUACGCACACGCCGAUGUUGACCGGACCAUUCCUCCCCGAGCCGGAAACUCGUCCGGAAGAACCGACUAACGAACAGAGUUACAAUCGCAACGUGCUGUGGACAUUCGAGGACAUACGCAUGCUCAUCGGCAGCAACCUGCCCAUCUUCGGUGACGAGGACCGGCCCUGCAUCAGUCUCAGACUCAGAGACGCUAGGGAACCUAUCAACGUGUUGACAGGUAUAGACUACUGGUUGGACAACUUGAUGUGCAACGUCCCCGAAGUGCUAAUGUGCUAUCACCUCGACGGGAUAGUCCAGAAAUACGAACCGAUGAAGACAGAGGACCUGCCUAAUAUGGAGAAUUCUAAGUUCUCUCCCAAGGUGAUAAGAAACGUAGCCCAGAACAUUCUCUCGUUCCUCAAAAGUAAUGCCACCAAGGCGGGGCACACUUACUGGCUAUUCAAGGGCCCCCGCGACGACGUGGUGAAGCUGUACGACCUGACGUCGCUGUGCCCCGCGCCAGGGAACCCCUUUACGACGCCCGUAGCUAUGCUCCUGUAUAGGGUUGCCAGGAACAUGCAUCUGAUGAACAAGCGUCGUCGUGUCCGCGAGUUGCUGGAACACGUCAUAUCACUGCUCCAAGCGGAGGCCUAUCCACAGAUAGUAGCGUCUUCCCACUAUAUGUUAGCUGAUAUAUACGUGCCGGCGACUACGGAUCCCGCCUGUCCGGAUUUUAGAGAAGAAAAGUCCGAAGAUGACGAUGACAUUGAUUUUCCUGAAUUCAACGGUGAUAACGAGAGCGAGCAGGACGGAGAUACUGAUGCAAAUAAGAGUGGGAAAGAGCCGGGUAAUAACCAGAAGGAAACGGAUGAUGCGUGCGAGAAAGAGAAGGAGAUAGAGGGACGACAGCUGGCGUUACGGCAUUUGGGCGAUCGACGCCUGCCUUCGGGAACUGAAGAGAAGAACAAGACAGAGUCUACUGGUACCACGGCGAUGAACACCCCGGGCCGCUGCGGCAAGGCGCUGACUCACGCUCUCCGUGGUCUACUAGCGCUGCACCACCUUACUACUGAUAAGACCGAGGAAGAAGAGCGCGAGCGUCUCAAACGUCAGAUAAUCAUAGAGGAACAACAUCCCAAAAUGGCGAACCCGUGCGAACCGAUCAAAAUGGACUACACACCGAUAAAACGCAACAAAGACCCAAAAGAACACGUCUCCAGAAGCAGAAGACGGAAGAGGGAGCGAAAGAAUUCCGAAAAGAACUACCUCAUAGAGAAGACUAAUGUCGACAAAAACGCCAUACUCGUUUGCAAAGAUAUACCAACUUGGCAGGAGCCGAGUCGAGACGACAAUUUCGCUUGGAAACUCCAUCUGAAGACACUUCUCUAUGAGAAGAUAUGCCUGGCAUACGCCACAAUGGCAGAAUAUAGUUACGCUGACGGCCAAUAUGGAUUCUCGCUGAAGUAUAUCGACAUUGCCAGUAAAUGCCAGAAACUUUUAAGCAAGAUGAUCAUUAAGAGCAGAGUGGUUGAUGCCAGUUGUCUUAUUGGGAGGGUUGGAGAUAACUUCUUCCAAAUAAGCAAACAUUGGACAGAAUUGGAACAGUUCAAGACACAGUUCUUCACGGACCACGAUAUAGAUUCGCAGAUUCGAUGUGAGAUUGAGAAGGAUUUAGAGGAAGAAAGCGGUGAAGAAGGGGGAGAUGAAUUUGAUCUGAACAUCAACAAACUACCAACCAGCGAACUGCAAGCGAUGGUGGCGGCGUGCGAGUUCUACUUGCGGGCGGAGUCGGCGGGCGCGGGGGGGCGGGGCCGGCGGGCGGAGCUGCUGCGGCGCCGCGCCUCCGUCCGCAACGAGCUCGCCGUGCGGUACAUGAACGAUGCGCAGCAUCUGUACGCGGAAUACGUCGCAAUGCCCGAAGAGAAGGAGGACGAGGCCCAAUCAUUAUUGCGCCAAUUUGAGAAACUCUCUGUCAACUCGGCCGAGUGUUUGAACGAGGCGGCCGCCAUCUUCGAACAAGUCAACGAUCUGCCCAACUUGGCGCUCCUGUAUUGUAACAAGGCGAGAUAUUUGAGAUUCAAAGCGCACUGCAGUCCGGAUGAUCCAGAUGCCGACCACAAACACCUAUAUACAGAAGCGGAAGACCUGUAUAACUCGGCGCUCAAGCUGCUCGGCCCUCGGGAGACCUGCGGCGCUCAGUCGGUCAGAGAACUGGUGGCCUGGGAACUCUCCUGCCACCUGUAUACUCGUGCUGUGCUGUUGCAGGAGCGUGCGCAGGCGGACGCGAUGGAAGUGGCCGAGGCGUUCAAGCACGCGCUGAGGGCAUGUCAGCUGGGGGCGGGGCCGCGCCAGUACCUGUACCAGUUCCGCGCCGCCAUGAUACACCACCGGCUCGGCAGCCUCCACCACGCGCAGUACAGAUCGUGCUCGGACGCGGCUCGUCGGAAGCGGCUGCUGGCGUCGGCGACGAGCCACUAUUCGGCCGCCGCGCUGCAGUUCUCCGCGCUCGGCGACGCCGCCAUGUUCCUCGCUGUCCGCCUGGAGCACGUCGCCGCGCUAGAGGCGCACGCCGCCGUGACACCGAAUCUCAAGCUGAAAUCUCAGCAAGACGCGAUCGACCUGCUUCGACAGUCGCAGUCCAUCAUGAAGAUGAUGAAAGACCGAGAUCCAGAAGACCAGAAAGACCAGAAUGACCAGAAACCAGAGGAAGCGGAGGAGGUAGGUAUAAGAAAUGAACAUAGUCUACUAAGCCUCUUCGAGAAUAGACUACAUUUUAUCCUCAAAAGUGUCAUCCAAUACUGCAGAUCUAAAGCCAACAAAGAUUAUGACAGAAUGACAGAGAUGUACAAAAAGUUGUAUUCUGCCAGUCUGAAGAUUAAGAAGGAUGAUGAUAUAGGCGUGUAUGCGGGUAGCAUAUAUGACAGUUUGGUAGCUAUGGACGAAAUCAGUAAAGAGUUUGACUAGUCAGUAAUAAUAACAUAGAUUAAUAGUUUUGGGUCGAAUAGCUACACUGGAUUGACAACGUGGCUUUACAAAAUAUUUUGAUAUGAUUGUCCAUUAAUCAAGUGAGUAAAGAGGCUGUAUUUUUUUGUAUAUUUAACGUAUUUAGUAACUUA